UCACAUUUCCUUGUGUCUCAUUGUGGUAUUGUCAUACUGUGGAUAACACUAGUGUCUGUUUGUAGAGGAUUCUAUUGUACUUUGAGGCCAUUGAAAUAUUGGGCUAAUACCAGAUUGUCAGUGCUUGUCACGAGUGCACGACAUGCCCACUUUGAGUUGACAAGAUCAAAAACAUGUUAAGUCGAUGCGAUUUUCUCCACAUUUACUGCAUUAAGAAUAUUCAAAAGUGAAACUUUUGGACUAAAUUUCAUCAGCAUGCCUCUGUUGCCAGGCCAGUAGUCAUUUCUGCUUUCAGCAGCAAGGUUUCGUUUAGGAAUACGGUCCAGGUUGAAGGAUUGUCUAAACAAGAAUGAAGCAGUUUGUGAGGCACCCGUAAACACGGAAGAGGAUUGCUCUCCUACCAGUUUGGACUCUGAAAGCUCGGGUCCCGAGAAGCCUUCAAUCAUGAAGGUGGUGUCUUUGGUUGACCUGAAUGGGGUGAUUGGAGCGAGUGCAUCAUUGCUCGGGAGGAGGCAGGCACUGGCAGCAUUGGAGAGGGCUUGUAACAGCAUGAAAGCAGAGUUAGAACAUAUCCAGUUUGAGAAGUUGGACUUUGGCGAGCUGAUCGUCCUUGAUCAUUUCUACAAUGCUGACGUCGCCAUUGUUGACAUAUCAGUGCAGGUUCAGCAGUCGGCGUUAUUCUACCAUAUCGGUGUGCGGGAGAGCAUGGGCAUGACAGACAACUUUGUUUUGUUCUACGACACAGACCCUGAUAUUACCUCAGUGCUGAAGCUAUCAUGCAACUUCAAAGAUAAUUUCCUGCCGUAUACCCUGGAUGAGACUGACGAGGCUGUGCUCACAGACAUCAGCGGGAUCAAGAUCAUCAGUGAUAAGAUGCCAAGGUGUAAACUGUGGAGCAAACUCAGGAAGGGCCUCAAGGAGAUUGAGAGGGAUACGUGUGCACAUCUUAAAGAAAAGUUCAUCGCAGACUUGAGGAAGGCACGAGAGGCCUACAAGGGCGAGGACUUACGAAAAACUCUAAAAGCUAUGCGGACUCGCUUAGAUGACCCACUCCUAUUAUCGGUGGACGUGGUCAUGAACAUGCUAAUUUCAUAUCGUGAGAUUCAGGACUAUGAUGCGAUGGUCAGCCUUGUGGAGGACCUGGACUCGUUACCGAACAAUAAAAUUACAAACUCUGUCGGGAUUAAACAUCUUCAUGCAUUUGCGUUGAAUCGGCGGAAUCGGAAAGGUGAUCGGGACAAAGCUUUGGAUGUCAUACUAGAGGCCAUCGAAUCCAACCUCGACCAACCCGUGCCGGACAUGUUAUGUUUGUGCGGCCGUAUCUAUAAGGACAAGUUUGUGGAAAGUGACUAUACUGACUCUGACUCUCGCGACCAAGCUAUAGACUGGUACAGGAAGGGAUUUGACGUACAGCCUAACGAGUACGCAGGAAUCAACCUGGCAACGCUGCUUGUCAUAUCGGGGAAGGACUUUGCUUCGUCAUCUGAAUUAAAGAGAAUAGGUUUAACGCUGAACAAUCUGAUUGGUCGGAAAGGAAGUUUACCAUCGUUAAAGGAUUACUGGGACGUGGCCACUUUCUUUGAGAUCAGCGUGCUGGCCGAGGAGUUUGGAAAGGCUUCACAAGCUGCUGAAUGUAUGUUCAAGUUAGAACCUCCCAUUUGGUAUCUGAAAUCAACAGUGGGCAACAUCUCGUUGAUUGACAACUUUCGAAAACCCCCCGGGGACAUCGAACCGUCACUCGAUCGUCAGUUAUUCAACUUCUGGAUGGAAUUCUUUAUGGAGGCAACCAAGCCAGACUUCACCGGUGUCCUUUACCCUGUCCUCGUCCUGGAGCCAAAUAAAGUCUUCAUGCCGAGCUAUUUGCAGCUCAACAAAGACAAUGAAGAACAGUCGAUACGGUUGUGGCAUCUGUUCCCGAACCAGGAUGGCAAGACACCUCACGACUGGCUCUUCACUGCUGAGUCCAUUAAAAGCGUCAGUCUGUACAAGCGAGAUUGCCGGGCCGUCUUCCUAUAUGUCCAACAAAACUCGGAUGAUUUCCAGGUUUAUUUCUCGUCGGAAUCACAGAGGCAGAUGUUCUAUGAAGAUGUGUUAGAGAUCAUAUCAGAACACGAAGGGGCCUACCCAGAUCUAGAUGACGUCGACUACACAUCAGGACCAGUACAGUUCGAAUAUGAAUAUGACGAGAAUAGUUGCCGGGUGACCCUCGGCCGUGGCACGUACGGCACAGUGUUUGCUGCUCGAGAACUCAAUACUCAGGUGCGGAUAGCAGUCAAGGAAGUGCCAGAUAACAAGAUCCAAGAUCAUCAACCACUCCAUGAGGAAAUCAAACUUCACUCUCGGUUACAUCAUAAAAACAUUGUGAAAUACCUUGGCUCGUUGAGUGAGGACGGCUACUUUAAGAUUCUGAUGGAGCAGGUGCCUGGUGGGAGCUUAUCACAGUUGUUGCGGUCGAUGUGGGGACCGCUGAAGGACAGUGAAACGACAAUAGCGUAUUACACGACUCAGAUUUUGGAGGGAAUCAAAUACUUGCAUGACAACAAGAUUGUACAUCGUGAUAUCAAGGGUGACAACGUUCUAGUCAACACUUACAGCGGCAUAUUGAAGAUCUCCGACUUUGGCACAUCGAAGCGACUCACGAACCUGAACCUAUCUGCGGAGACGUUUACAGGCACGUUACAAUACAUGGCGCCGGAGGUGAUAGAUAAAGGUGCUAGAGGAUAUGGGCCACCUGCUGAUAUUUGGUCACUUGGUUGUACAGUUGUUGAGAUGGCCACUGGGAAACCGCCAUUUAUUGAGCUUGGUAGUCCAGAAGCUGCAAUGUUCAAGGUUGGGUUCUACAAGGCACACCCGGAAAUCCCUGAGAGUAUGUCGGACAAAGUGAAGGCAUUUUUACUGAGAUGUUUUGAGCCAGAUCCCGACAAGAGGGCUACAGCUGCCAUGUUGCUCGAGGACCCCUUCCUCAAGGACCUCAUGAAGAAGAAGAAAAAGCACAAAGUUCACCCAGAUUUUGGGAGGAGCGUAUCAGGAGACUCGCCAGUGCCAGCUGGGGUGGUGCCCUUGAGUCCCGACCGCGACCUUGACAAUGGCCUCCGGUCACCUGACACUGAAGGCAUUCCCUCUUCAUCUAGCUCCCAGAAUCUACAACACUACCAGGCUCAGAUGUCCACCACCAGUUCUGUGAUGACCCCGACUACACCCACCACACCUGAAAUUGGAGAACGUACCCGUACAGGCAGCUUUGGAUCGACCAAGCGUGGCUUCUACCUGCUGAGGAAGGACUCCGAACGGCGGUUGACGCUGGCACAGAUUCUGACCAAGGAUGAGGAUGUGAUCUGUGAUCAGUGGUUAGAGUUCUUGAUGCGGGAUACGAAUAUCACAGAGCCCAAACUUUCCAAGAGCCAUCUGAAGGUGAUGCUGGCCGGCCUCAGUGAGUUUGUCAAGGAUCAGAACAAAGAGAACCUUAUUAAGGGAAUAAAUAGUGUAAAAGAAGACGUCGACUUCGACAUGGCAGCUGUCAAUGAGAUUCAGAUGUGUCUGUACGUAUUCCAAGAAACAGUUCAGUCAAUAUUACGACAGCAGAACAUUCAGCCACAUUGGAUAUUCGCGCUGGACAAUUUCUUACGGAAUGCUGUACAGAAUGCAAUCAUCAUCCUGUCACCAGAGCUUGGUGCACACAUCGGAGGGGCAAACCAAGGUGCAUCAGCAGCCGCUGCCCCGCCACCGUACCAUCAAGAAGAGAAGAGUUCAACUUCUGGCGUAUCGACAAUAGAUUCGGCCAAAUCACAACAUAUUGUUACUGGCUAUGACAACAAUGUGGUAAACCAUUUACAGGAUCAGAUCCGAGCGUUACAAGAUGAAAAUAAAAGAUUACUGGAGCAACUUGUUCAAUCACAGCAAGCAUAUCAAGAACUACUCAAAAGCAAUUUGGAGGAAAAACAGUUGUUGACAGAGCAUUUUAGGUUGGUUGCCAGGGCAGCAGGUGAUAUGACCGACGGCCCUAGCCUCAUAGUGUCGCCUUCUAUGGCGAGGCGUCUCUCCAUACAGGCAGAUGACGACCUUGUCCGGUGGUUACAGCAGUUGCACAUUGAUGAGCAAACUGUUCAGAAGUUCGUGGACGAGGAGUAUGAUUUGGAAACAGUGAAGGAGGACAUGACACGUGAUGAUCUCCGGAGAUUAGGCAUCAGGGGUGGUGUGCAGUUGCGAAUAUGGCGGGCAAUCCAGGGCUACAGAAACAACCGAAAGCGAGACCAUAGUGAGACACAGGUGUGAGCCAGGAUCUCGUGGCUGCCUUUCUCAGUUGUGGCUCCCUCUUGUUGUGAGAAGAGAACUGAGAGAGUGGUGUCAGGAGAAACAAUUGAGUGGAAUAAACAAUGUUAGAAAUGAACACAGUAAGAUUUGGAUGCAAAGUUAUCUAAUAGAUCUACAUGUAAGUGUAUUCUCAGUGGAAUAAUUUGCAUUAGAUAUGAAUCACUGCCAGUAAUUAUUAUGAGUAUCUUCUGCUGUGACAAUUAGAGCCAUCAUCAUAUUGCCUCGAAAUAUGUUAACUGUAAAUAUUGUACAUUUUACAAAUGUGGUCAGUGUCAUGAGAGGAUUGUUGUUGUAUUUAUUAUUUGCUGCAUAUGCAUUUUAUAAUCGUUGUUGAUUUUUUAGUGGUAAUCUUCUAUGCUUAAUUUUAGUGCAGGGUUUGAUUGUCCAAAACAAGCUUUGUAACUAACGCUGUCUAAAUGCUUUUAGGAGAUGACGCCAAAAUAAGUUGAUGCAGGCAUUAGUGACAAAAUUUCUUUUGAACAACUGGCCGCAGGUGAUUUAUUUUGAGUAUUGGCUACUAUGAUCCUGUAGGACUGGUUUACUUUUGUUUUGUUUUUUUGCAGUCAGUGACCCUAAAUAUGAAGUUAAAACUAUGUUUAGUACAUGUUACGCUUCAUUGGUUCUCUGGUUCAAAUCCGGCACCCAUGUGCAAGGGAUAUAGCUAAUUUAUGUAUGAGAAAUUCGGGCUGUGGUCAGUGAGGUACUACUUCUAUGUGUAGUUGUGUUUCAGGAAGAACUAGUUCAUUGACUAUGUUUGAUAUUUGUAAUAUGGGGGGUUGCAAGUGCACAUUCUACAUGUAAAUGCAGUAAAGCAGUGCUCUCCACAAGGCCAUUUUUUAGGGCAUCUCACCCAACCUUGGAAGCAGCUGCCCUACAUUGCUCUAGAAUUAUGUAAAGGGUUUCUAUAGGGCCACCACCUUGUGUUACACACUGGUAAAACUUCUUUUUAUUCAAGGGUAUGAUUCUAUCUUGAGAAAACCCUGUGGAGAACCCGUUGAGGUAGACAUUUUCCUGGCAGAUUCAAAUAUUAAAAAAGGAGGCGGUCAAUAGACUCUUCUUUCUUGAAAUAUAUUUAAACUAGUAUCCCAUUGGCCACAGUGCUGGCCUGCCUCGACCUCAUAAUAGCCUGUUUCAGUGAAAUUUAAUUCAUUCAAUUAUUAUGGUGUUGUAUUUUGUACUACAUGUUGAGACAGAAAGUUGAAUAAUGUAACUGUACAAUCUAUCCACUAGUCUAUGGUAUUGUUCCUAUGAAGCAUUAGUCAAUCUUGAGACACCCUGUGUACAUUUUGGCAAAACACUAUAGAUUCUGACUUCAAAACUUAAAAAUGCCCCAAGGACCUGUGCAUGGAUGACCAAAUGUCUUGUUGUAUUGUUCUGAUUUUGAAGAAAAUAAAAAUCUUUGUGGUGAAA